GCGCAACGCCGGAAGUGUGGCCACGCGGGUGCGGAAGGGGCGUCGAGCGCUACCGGAAGUGUGGCGGUGAGCCGGAAGUCGGCACCGGGUGCGGUGUGGGCGGCCAUGUCCGCCUCGCUGUUGCGGCGGGGCCUGGAGCUGCUGGAGGCGCCGGGCCGCGGAAAGGCGCCGGGGGUGCUGCAGCGGGGCCCGGGCGGCCCCCGGGCGGCGGGCGCUGCCAGGAGGAAGAAGGCGGCGCCGGGCCCCGGGAGGAGCAAGGCCACAGUCAAAGGCAAGGUCGUGAAGUCGGCGAUAGAGGAGUAUUGCAAGAAGAAAGCUGUGAAUCACUUGAGAACAAACCUGCAGUACAUGACAAAUGGACGAUUUGUUGCAGACAAAGCUGUUACACAGCAAGUUCUUACCCAGAACAGAGGCAGGAAGUCCAAAGAUCAACCUCCAGAGAAGAAGGCAAAGAAGAAGUCUGAAGGCACUGUCUUUACUGAGGAAGAUUUCCGUAAAUUUGAGAGAGAAUACUUCGGGACAGCGUAAAGAAUGUGUCAGGGGUUUUUGCAGCUCCAGUCAUUCCGCAGCUUAGUGUUCAGAACAUAGGACUGGUCAUGUCCUCGACUUGUUUGAGAUGGGACAUAGGAGAUGUGCCUCUUUAUCAGCAAGUACUUUAACAUCACACUUGCAGAGAAAUCUGUGUCUGUGCAGAACUUGCUACUUGCUAGCUAGAGCCAAGGAGAUUUUCUUGGCUUUGAGAUAUGUUGUCUUUAUAAUUACCCACCUCCAGCUAACAUGACUCUUGUGUUCUUAGUGCAGAAGAGUGGGCCAAGACAAGUAUAAAUCUUGUUCCUCUUCCUCAGGAUGCAAGGCUUCUGCUACCUAUAUUAUUUGGCAAGGAGCAUUUAAAGUACUGUAUCUCAAUGUAGGAGGUGUUUUGGACCAGCAGAAGUAAAUUAUCAGAAGAAAGGGAAGGAUGCUUUGAAAGACUGUGUAUAAAAGCAGGGGUUAAACCUGAGUAGUCUUGCAGUUUCUGUUCUUAUUACACCCUUUGCCAGGCAUUUCUGUCUUUGCAAAAAGUUUGUAUAUAUUGUGUGAUUAAAUAAUGCCUUUUGUAGA